GUCGGUAUCAUUCCGGAUUGAAACGUGCUCAGCAAGGUACAGGCAAACCAUAGACAGCUGCUUGAGAUGAUCUUGCAACUUUUCGCACUUGGCGCACUCAUUGCGCUGGCCGGCGGACUUGUACUGCCCACACGCGAAGCUGAGCGACACAUGCAUCCGGAAUAUAGAGCCGAUCCAGCCAGUCGAUGGGUAGAACGCUCCAAGCGCGCCUACAUGCCGGAGAUGACAUUCUCAUCACAAAGGGUGGAGCAGUAUGCGGAUUACUGGCGCGGCAUCGCCCACCAGACACUGGAGCAGCAGCUGGAAAGCAAAAUGAGGCUGAACACACAGCUGGCCAAGAAUUUAAUAUUGUUUUUGGGCGACGGAAUGUCCAUACCAACAAUAACGGCGGGUCGCGUCUAUUUGGGCGGUGAGGAGAAACAGUUUGCCUUCGAGCAGUUCCCCUAUGUUGGGCUGAGCAAGACGUACUGUGCCAACAUGCAGGUGGCUGAUUCGGCGUGCACGGCAACCGCCUACCUUGGUGGCGUUAAGGCCAACUAUGGAACUGUAGGCGUCACGGCUGCUGUGCACAUGAAGGAUUGCCAUGGCCAAUCCCAGCCGGAAAAUCAUGUAGCGUCUAUUGCGGAAUGGGCCCAGCGCCAGGGCAUGGCCACGGGUCUGAUCACAACGACAUCAGUGACACACGCCUCGCCGGCAGGUGUCUACGCCCACAUAGCUCAUCGCAAUUGGGAGAACGACGCAGAUAUUAAGGCGGACGAGGCUGAUCCAACUAUCUGUGAGGACAUUGCAUCACAGCUGGUCAACAGUCAAGUGGGUCAAAAUCUGAAUGUCAUUUUGGGCGGGGGACGCCAAAACUUUUUACCUGAACAUGUCAGGGAUCCGAACGGAGUUUUGGGACGCCGCAAAGACGGACGUAAUCUCAUCGAAGAAUGGCAGCGACAGCACACCAACAGCGCCCACUAUGUACACACACGUAGACAGUUACUGGAGCUAUCCAAUCAGACGACGCGCGUGCUUGGCUUAUUCGCUCCAUAUCAUAUGCCCUACCAUCUGGAUGCGGAUGUCCAAGAGCAGCCGACGCUGGAGGAGAUGGUGCAGGCGGCUUUGAAAAUCCUACAGCGCCAGAGUGCCGGACGUGGCUACUUUCUGUUCGUCGAGGGAGGACGCAUCGACCAUGGACACCACGAUACGUUGGCCCUGCGCGCCAUUGAUGAGACGGCAGAGUUCGACAAGUCAGUGCGUUGGGCACGCACGCACAGCAGCAUGGAAGAUACAUUAAUUGUGGUCACCUCGGAUCACUCACACACCAUGUCGCUUGCAGGCUACUCAAGUCGCAAGAACGACAUAUUUGGCAUCAAUGACGGUCAACUGGCAGCCGAUGAUUUGCCAUAUGCCACGCUAAGCUAUGCCAAUGGACCUGGCUAUAAUACCAACUAUUUGAAGGAAGGCGGAGCCAUCAAGCGCAAGAAUCUACGUUCCAUCAACAUGAAAAACAAAGACUUCAUGUUCCCUACAGCGGUGCCGCUGGAGUCUGAGACACACGGCGGUGACGAUGUGGCCGUCUUCGCCAGUGGACCAUACGCUCAGCUCUUUUCCGGCGUCUACGAACAGCACUUCAUACCACACGCCAUGGCCUAUGCAUCCUGCCUGAGCGAUUCACGUAGCAUGUGCUCAGAUGCAGGUAUAACCCGGCGACCGCAUUGACGUUGAAUGACUUUGGGGUCUUAGAUUAAUGCAAAGUCAACAGUAAUUAUUGUACUUACGUAACUUAUGAACAAAAAAAAAAAAAAAAACAUUUAUAAAAUAGUGUAUUUAAUGCAAUUGCUAGACUUUAAAAUAUAUAAAUAGAUAAGCAAAAACAGAGUUAUAUUUUUCUAUCCUUGCAUUAGAUUACAGACUGACUCAUUAAAGAACAUAUUCAUACAGCAUAAGA